AACUAUUUACACUAUUGCAUCACUGACUUUGUUCACACGAGCUGUUUUAUGGGCAUACCUGGGAGGAUUGCUUUUUCCGAAAAUUAAGGCUAUAAUUUAUGUGUAUUGAUAAUCGAGAGCGUUGUAUUCGUUCUGGUAGCAACAGCAUCUUAUCAUUCUAAAGAUACCAAUAGCUUCAACGAAUUCAAAUAUGACAGUAUUUACCCAAUUUGUUGCAGGUUUAAUUGUGUGGGUUUUUGCCGGACAUGUGGUAAUGAGUUGUUCAGUACAAGAUAUUACAGAUAAAUUAACCAAGUGCUUGUCUAUAUCUACUAACGAUCUCACUGAACCGUCAGCCGAGGACGUGUUAUCCUCAUAUUGCAAAAGUGUUGAGUGCAAUCUCAAAUGUUACCUAGAUGCAAUCGGUGACUGCUACACGCAAGACCAAUUCUUCACGUUAAAUCCAAAUUUGUUGAAGGCAACCAGUAGAGCAUUUUGCAAAAAUCAAACUGAGACUAUGGCGGCUUUUAUCAAUUGCCAAUGGACCGAUACAUCGUGUCUAACUAAUCUGGCGACAGCUCUAACCUCUGCUUUAACGGAAUACAAUAAUGCAAAUUAUGCGACGUACAAGUCUCAGUACUGCAGUGCAGUGACAACUGCAAUUAGCUGCAUUGGGUUCACAGUUACAUCCAGCUGCACUGCUGCAUUGGCAGAUCUUGCCGAUAAUUUUUACAAGGCAUCUUUCAGCCUCACAGCUUGUGGAAUACAACCACACUCGUAUUUUUCAUUGUAUGGAGAUGACGUCGCAUGCAGUGGGCGUAACCUAUACCAGAAUGCUGCGUUAUGGCUUGCAUUUGUGUGCAUCUUUGUAGGAAAAAUGCUGUAACUGUAGAUAUCUACAUGUAAUUUGAAAUUUAGCUAUGAAGUUAUGUGUUAUGCACCUAAUAUACAUAUUCACUUAGUCCUUAACUAAGUAUGACAAACUUUGCAAUUUACAAAGGUUUUAACUAUGACUUAUUCUUUUGUGUAAGAAAUCAGACUUAAAAAUGCUAUGUUUUAUUCUAUUUCUUUUCAUAUUUCAGGCAAUUGCUUCAGUUGUUUUAUGCCAAAUUUUUGUUGUUAUCAAUUAAUGGUCAAUGACUAUAUAAUAUUUAAGCUAUUUUUGUUAAAUAUAAAGCAAAUAUAGCGCAAAAAUGAAGAUAAUGCCAUUAUAAUAAUUUAUUUCAUGCCAAACAAAUGAUUUGAAGUUUCUUGAAAUUUAAGGCGAUAAGAACAUUCUAAUAGUUUUUGUUUGUAUAAAAGGUAUACUUUUUUCUAUAUGAAAGGCUUUUUGUGACAAUCUUUAGACGCAACUUUAUCAACCACACUUGUGAUGACUUGUAUAUUUUUACUGAAGUUGACUAGCUUUGGAUAUACUUAUUGGAUGUAACAAUGUGUUUGUUUGUCUUAGCUAUUUUAUUCAUCGAUUAGAAAGACGCAAAGUCCGGGCAUCUUAUUGACAUCCUGUAUCAAUGUUCUGAUUAUGAGAAAUCCUUUGUGGUCCCAUUGGAUGGAAUAAUAAUUUACACAUUUUAACAGUCAUCCAAAUGUCCACAGUUGGGCACCACAUUAGAAUUAUUUCUUUUUGAAGUACAUUAUACAUGCGUCUACACAAAACACCAGUGACAUUGACAGCACUGUACAAUUAUGAACAGAAAUUUGAUCACAGGAAGUAACUUAGACACAUUCGCCACCCAACGCACACUGAUCGUCAAUAAUCGGGUAAAAUAGGCUUAACAAUGUUCAAAAAUGAAAGUGGAUUUACCAAAAGAUUAAAACUACCAACAAGAGAAGCAUAAACACAAUAAUGAUGUCUUGCUGAACCAUCUUCGAAGAUAUGAAAAAUUAGAUUAGUAACAUCUUAAAUUGAAUGUACUUGGAUAUCUUUUACGAGCAACAAAAUGGUGCAAUCAAAUAGAAGUUACAAUAACUUAAAAAAAGAAAGACAAAGAGCUAUAUAAGAAAGGGAUUCGGAGUGUGUCGCGGAUGUGUGAUUUGUGUGAUUUGCGAAUGUAGUUUUUAAAGGAACGUCACUGAGGUUCAAAAAUCAUAAAAUUAAUUUUUUACACCGAUCAGCUGGGGCAUGUAACGCAGGAAGAAAUGCAAAACAUAAUUAAGAAAUAUACUAAAAAAUGAACUGAACACCGUAUUUUUGUGCUAUUUUUGAUACGAUUUGAGUUAAAAGCGUUUAAACGCUUUUCCGUUUUGGGUCAUUUUUCACAAUUUGAAUGAUUAUCCUGGAUAAACCGCAAGAGCGAAUGAUCUAAAAUUUUGCACACAAGUUACUGAUCAGGACCUACAUCAAACUGAACAUUAAUCUUGAAAAAUUAAUUCCAGUUUCGUCACGUCGAAAAACCUCAGUGGAGUCCCUUUCAUCAAAUUGUCAUCGAUAAUAUGUGCUCAUCUGAAAUAUUACAGUUGUAUUACACCAUAAAACAAUGUAAUCAGUGACAUAUUAUAUCUUUGUUAUAAUGUUCUAUAUAAAUUGUGCAAUUCUUUUUAAUAAAUAAAUAUAUCACCGUCUGUACUUAAAAAUUCUCAUACGACUUUAAA